AUGAGCGUCGGUGGCGCGUGGCGUGUGCUCGCAGGCUACCUGAUGGUGCGGCAGAGCGGCCAGUGGGGGAAGCUGUGCCUACACAACUUUGAGAAGAUGGUGGCCAACUCGCGCGCGUCGUGGCAAGUGUCCGACCUCGGGCGCGCCGUCUGCAAGGCCAUGACCUACAGCGACUUCGACCGCGUGGACCGCGCCACGGAUGAACCUGCGAGCGGCCGCGAUGGCGAUGGGGACAGCGGCAGCGGAGACCUCUACUUCGAGCUGGCCAUCGCCGACUCGCCUGGCAACGCCAGCGACGGGCCCUCGCCGCGGUCGUCGCUGGAGUUCCGGCCGUCGCUGUGCCCGCAGCGCGACGUGGUGCGCGUCAGCUGCCGCGACCUGGAGUGCGGCGUGCGGCCGCAGGCGGUGCACCAGUGGGCCAGGUAG